ACCAGAGAGUUCCCAGUCUUCCAGUCAAUCAUUGGACCAGUGGAGAUCAGACAUGAAGCAGCAAACCUUCUGCGCGGUCCUCGUCUUGGCGUUCUGGACCCCUUGUCACGGCGGGCCCCUGACGGCCCCCCACGCCAACAUGACGGACCAGGAGCUGUUCUGGGGCGCCGACCAGUACGACUUCUCCGUGGUUCUGUCCGCCGCCGGCAUGGAAUGUUUCUGGCACUUUGCUCACACGGGAGAGAAGUUCUACCUCAGCUUCAUGUGGGUGACGGGUGUCGGCCAUGACAGACACCUGUCCGUCACCGUCAACGCCCCGAGUGGCCUGCUGCUCUCCGGCGUGGACGACGCUACUGGUCAGGUGGAAUUUGACGCCAAGGAGUCUGGUUUCUACCAGAUGUGUUUCAGCAACUUCCACAACCGCUUGGGAACAAUGCAGGUGUUCCUCAGCUUCGGCGUCUACUACGACGAGCACCGCCCGGACGGCGAGGGCGAGGGCGGCGGCGACGUGAAGAAAGACGACGAGUCCGAGCAGCUGAACGACACGCUGAGCAUCAUCCAGGACUCCGCCCACAAGGUGGAGAACCACGUCUUCCACAUGUUUCGCUACUACAACUUCGGCCGCAUGAGGAAGAGCGCCGACUACUACCUGCUGAUGUCCAACGCCCGCUACGUCACCUGGUGGUCGGCGGCGCUCAGCCUCCUGGUGGUGGUCUCGGGUUACCUGCAGCUGGUCUUCCUCAAGAGUCUCUUUGGCCGCGAGGCCGACCCCCAGGACCGUGUGCCUCGCUGCUGAAGACUGGCUGACAACUGUAUCAAGGUCUUAUAUCGCUCCGUAUCGACACAUUUUUUCAGACCUACGGAAAACAAAAUCAAUCAAUCAAUCAAUCAAUCAAUGUUUAUUUAUAUAGCCCUAAAUCACAAGUGUCUCAAAGGGCUGUA